ACACACACACUCUAUCUCUUGAUCUGUCAGAGGUUCUCUCUCACUCUUUCUCUCUCGCUCUCUGCUUCACUCUGGCUACUGCAGUAGGUCUGCCGGUCAUGCAUAUGGCUAACUGCCUCAAUUUACUACCUCAACCAUGGGAGAAAAAAAACAACUGAUGAAUAAGCAGCCGGAGGACCACUGCGGGAGACAGUGCACGUGACAAGCGUUGCGCGGAGGAAACCUUGUAAGAACACCUUUCUCUGUUUUUUUGGAUACAGACACGAAGCGCACUUUCACACACACACACAGACGUCCUCCCAGCGUCGUUGCUUUCUGUAUUUUUGUUCAUUGCAGAAGAGGACACGAGUGCUCUCUCUCUCACUCUCUUCCGACAGCCUUUUGCAAAGCUCCAACAGUGCAGCGCAUCUCCUUCUCCAACCCCCUCACCCAGCGCCACCAUCUCUGCCACUAGCCCCCCCCACCCCCCCUCCUCACCCCAGGAGGAAUAGAUGGAUUACUGCUAACUGUGCACAUGGCAGCCUGCAGCUGCUCUGACCAGGGCCAGUCCAACGUUUGGAGGAAGAAAAAGGAGACCGAGGAGGAGAGAAGAGGGGGAGGAUGACUGUACCGGGAGUCCUUUUAGCCUUUUUCUGUCUCUCAGUCUCUGUCACAAUGGGGCUAAUCACCGACUGACUUGCCCCUGGCAAAGUCACAGUGAGGCAGCUCUCCACCGAGCAGGCAACCAGUCGACAAGCCAGCACAUGUAUCAGGAGCCAACCGGACUUGGGAUUUUUAUUUAUUUCCGUCAGUCACUUCUCUUCUCUUUACUGCGUUAUGGAUCGUUGUGAUUUAUCCAACGUGGAGCUGCAUGUCGGAGUCCGUAGCAGUACGGAGCCGUAGAGGGGGCAGAAGCGAUCCCGGCACCCGCCAAGCAUUCAUGGCCUUACCUCUGCUUAGGGGAGAAGCUAAAAAAAAAACUUCAAUCUGAUGCCUCUCCAUGGAAGACGAUGAAUAACUGUUGCUUUUAAAAUCUGGACAAGAUGCCAAAAGGACUACUUCCAAACUAAUGAGCAUCUCCGUUCACCAUCGAUGGAACUUGGGAGCCUUGAGCUGCUCCAGCCCGGCUAGGGUGGUCUGUCCUCUGGUGUGUGCCGCCUCCCCCCACCAUGCAGAAUAAUGAGCCCUCCACACCAUGAGUCCUCUGGGCCAGGUUAGUGUGCAGCCUACCUGGAACGCAGCCCUGCUCGCCGUGCUCUCCUUUAUGGUGCCUGCUCUCAGUAUGGGCCAGUCCACGGGCCCUGCGGUGGGCUCGGCUAAUCCACAGAACUGCCCAGGUGUGUGCUCGUGCACUAACCAGCUGAGCAAGGUAGUGUGUACCCGCCGAGGCCUGGUUAGGGUUCCACCCAACAUCCCAGCCAAUACCAGGUACCUAAACCUGAUGGAAAACAGCAUUGAAACUAUACAAGCAGACACCUUCAGGCACCUGCAUCACCUGGAGGUGCUGCAGUUGGGCAGGAAUGCUAUCCGACAGAUUGAGGUGGGUGCCUUCAAUGGCUUGACCAGCCUCAAUACCCUGGAGCUGUUUGACAACAGACUCACUGUCAUACCCAGUGGAGCUUUUGAGUACCUCUCAAAGUUGAGAGAGUUGUGGCUAAGAAACAAUCCCAUUGAGAGCAUCCCCUCUUAUGCAUUCAACCGUGUCCCUUCCCUCAUGAGACUGGACUUGGGACAACUGAAGAAGUUGGAGUAUAUCUCGGAUGGGGCAUUUGAGGGACUUCAAAACCUCAAGUAUCUUAACUUGGGGAUGUGCAACCUGAGGGAAUUUCCUAAUCUUUUACCACUGGCGGGACUGGAGGAGCUAGAAAUAUCAGAGAAUGUUUUCCCCGAACUGAAGCCCGGGGCCUUCCGUGGUCUUAAAAAUCUACGUAAACUGUGGAUUAUGAACUCGGCUAUCACUACCAUUGAGAGGAAUGCAUUUGAUGACAUCACCGCCUUGGUGGAGCUGAAUUUAGCCCAUAAUAAUCUGUCAUCCCUUCCCCAUAACCUCUUCACUCCUCUUCAGUAUCUGGUGGAGCUCCACCUACACCACAACCCUUGGCGAUGUGAUUGUGAUGUGGUGUGGCUCUCCUGGUGGCUCAGAGAAUACAUUCCCACAAAUUCCACAUGCUGCGGACGCUGCCACACCCCGGUCAACAUGAGAGGACGAUAUUUGGUGGAAGUUGAUCAGAUCACCUUUCAAUGUUCAGCACCGUUCAUACUUGAUGCCCCCAGAGAUCUGAACAUCUCCGCAGCGAGGGUGGCAGAACUAAAGUGUUGUACAGCCGCGAUGAGCUCAGUCCGAUGGCUUCUACCCAAUGGCACUGUAUUGACCCACGGCUCGGCCCACCCAAGGAUAUCUGUCCUUAAUGAUGGAACACUGAACUUCUCCAACGUUCUGCCAUCAGACACAGGAAUCUACACCUGCAUGGUCAGCAACAUGGCGGGGAAUUCCAAUGCCUCGGCCUACCUAAACGUAAGCAAUGCUGAACUCAACACGUCUAAUCUGUCCUAUUUUACCACCGUGACAGUGGAGGUUUUGGAGCCGAUGGUGGAGGAGACCCCUAAAUCCAAGCCUACCAUCCCUGCCUCGCCAUCUGUCUUUCAGCCUGUCUUCAUCUCCACACCCACUGUGAUGUUCCAAAACCCUCAGACUCCCAAGCAGGUGUCAAUCCCCACUGCCAGAGUCCCAAGUGGGCCAGCCGCCAGCCUGGAUGAGGUGAUGAAAACCACUAAAAUCAUCAUUGGCUGUUUUGUCGCUGUUACCUUGCUGGCUGCGGCGAUGUUGAUAGCAUUCUAUAAACUGCGUAAGCGGCAUCAACAGAGGAGCACUGUGGCGGCAGCCAGGACCAUAGAAAUCAUACAGCUAGAGGAAGAAGUUCCUCCUCUUCGCCCAACCACGUCUGGAUCUAGUGGCUCUGAUGACACACUGUUGGUACUGCCUACUUUGGUGGAACACAACAGAAACACCUUUAAGCCUGGGUACGUGUCCUCUACAUCAUCCCGCCAAGGGAACUAUGGAGCCCAAUGGACCCAGAACAACUCUCUUCAUCGCUCAGUCAGACAGCAUCACAGCCGCAUCAGCACCAUUGCUGAUCCCUACAUCAUUAAGACUACUCAUGGCAAGGAGAAGGUUCAAGAGACCCAAAUCUGAGCAUUGCUCCCUUUGGAUUUAUCUCUGACUCAGCCCCGGCCUCUCCUCUCCACCUCUCUGCUCAUCAGUCCAUGCAAUAUAAAUCCACAAAGAACAAAACGGUAACUUUCUUUUGUACAGAAGUGCAAAACAGAGAGAGAUGUUUGUUUCUUGUACAUGCCUAUACAUACGUAUAUAUACAGAAAAGAACUGCAAAUAUAUAUAUAUAUAUAUAUAUAUAUAUAUAUAUAUAUAUAUAUAUAUAUAUAUAUAUAUAUAUAUAUAUAUAUAAAUUAGAUUUUGGCCAGGCAGUGGUGAAACAGAGAAUAUAUCCAAAAAGAAAGUCAUUUGAAAUAUUUUCUAAUAACUGGUGACUUCUAUUUAAAAAAAAAAGACAAAUAUACUGAGUUGCUUUUGUGAUUCAUGAUACACGGUGGUUCGGUCUGCUGUAGGAAAAGAGGCAUUCAGUCUGUUUUUUGACCAUAUUUAGAAAGCAGUUAAACACUCUUUAUACAGGUACCAGUUUCUAAAUACAGCCCCAAAUGUAAGCUCCAGUUUUUACUGUGCCAAAUAUUAUAAUAUAUGCAAUACAUUUCCAGACUUAGGUACACAAAAAGACACAACCGCAAAAUCUAGAUGGAUAGAGACAUUUGUCCAAGGAUAGCAGCGUAAUGGCAUCGAUAGAAUGUGCUGUUCAGUAGCUAUCAGCCAAAUGCUUUUGGACUGCAGUGAAUUUCGGCAGCUUAGGUUUAACCCUCUGUUUGCUGGAGCUGAGCUGCAUUCAUUCUACAGUGCCAGGGCUUCUUAGUUGUAGUGUAUCUAAAGAUGUUUAUUUAGUGUACACAUGAUUCCUCACUGGUUUAACUGGUCAAGAGCAGGUUGAUGACAGUUGUUGCAAAUACUUUGUUCAGUUGUUGGUUGCAUUUUCAUUUAACUUUUUCAUUGUUUAUUUUUGACAUGCUUCUUAAUGGCUUGCGUAGAGUUUAGGGCUAAUUUAAUAAUGCAUUAAAGCAGUUGCCUGACUUGUCUCUGCAAGGGCUCAUUGCGAUGCUCAUUUUUUCAAUGGAACAAACAUGUGAAACAGAGCUUUGCUGACCAUUCUGCUUUCAGAGAAAGAAAACAAGGAUUGAAGUGAAACAAAUGAAUGUCUGAUUCUGGGGCUUUUCCAUGGACUACACUGAAACAUGACUCUCUUUUUGUUUUCCUUUUAAACCGUUUAAACAGUUUAGCAACAAUAUUUUUAUGGAGAGACAAAUGGAAGCUAUGAAAAAUAAAAAUAAAACUUUGGUUUGAAUUUCUCUGAUCAGAAACA